AUGGUCGAGAUUAAUCCUAAUCCAGAAGAAGAUGCAAUGAAAAUAGUUUAUUUACAUCCCGGAGAUGUACUUGGUGACUGGACUGUUUUGGACAAAAUUGGCGAAGGUGGAUUUGGAGCUGUUUACUUGGUAAAAGAUAGUAAAGGAAACGAAUGCGCCAUGAAGACUGAAAGUGUCAAAGCGACUGCUAAAGUGCUGAAAGCAGAAUACUAUGUUUUGAAAGAAUUAAAGAGAGCAAAAGCGACACAUUUCUGUGACAUUUUGGAUAGCGGUUUAGUUGGCGAAAACAAAUAUUUGGUGAUGACACUAGUUGGACUGUCUCUCACAGAUCUGAGAAAACAUGAUCCAACACAAAAAAUACAAAAAUUUUCUAUGGGUUGCGCACUUUCUGUAGGUAUGAAAUGCUUGGAAGCAAUUGAAGAACUUCACAACAUUGGAUAUUUGCACCGUGAUAUCAAACCAGCUAAUUUUGCAAUUGGUCGUAAAAAUUUACGUAAAAUUUAUUUACUCGAUUUUGGCAUGUGUCGUAAAUAUCUUAACAGUCAAUCAUCCGUACGUAAUCCACGAAGAUCUGCUGGUUUCCGUGGUACUCUCAGAUAUGCAUCAAUAAGCAGUCAUAUAUCACGCGAGCAGUGUAGAAAAGAUGAUCUAGAAAUUGGUUAUUUACCGUGGAAAAAUAUGCAAGACAAGGACGAAGUGGGCCGAUGUAAACAACUCUGUCGUAAAGAUGAAUACAUUAAAGAAUUGUUUGGUGGUUGUCCAAGAGAAUACAUCACAAUUAUGCGACUUAUCGAUUCCACUAGAUAUUAUUCAAAACCAGAAUACAAUAAAAUAACAAACUUAUUGCGUGACGCAUUACGCAAUAACGAUAUGUCAGAAUAUCCAUAUGAUUGGGAGAAGUAUCUCGAACCAUCAAAAAACAUCAAAGGAACAGGAAUUACAACUUUAUAA